AUCUCUUUCCUUCGAAAUUAUGAAAUGGAAAUAAGGAUUCAAUUUAAGAGCCCGGCAUUUUUGAUUUAUUUCAAUUUUCAAAUUUCUACAAUUUUUUUAAUUAAAUUUAGUGGCUGAAUGGCAAAAACCGGACGAGCGGCUCGAUCGGCUCGAACGGUUAACCGCCUCGGCCGCUCACCAACCGCUACAUAAAACCAGAGCGGCUUUUAGACUGUUCCGAGCCGAUUUUGUGACCGGGUGGCGGUUUUAUCGGUCGGGCCGAGCGGCUCGGCUCGGCUUUAAUAACACUGAUUCCAAGUGAUUUACCACGAUUAAUUUUGAGUUUUGAAGAGAUAAACCCUUGUCAUUUUAAAAAAUUAGAGGGACACACGUGUGUGGCGCUACUCAUUUACUUUGCAUCUCGCCCCUCGCCACAAUUAUCAUGAAACUUACCAGAAACACGAUAAAAUACAUCAUAAAUAACAUAAAGUAGACCAUAAAGCUUAUAAAACAUACCAGAACCUCACCACAAUACCAUGAUAAUUAAGCCAACUUCAUUGGACCAGUUUAUUUCGAUUAUAUUAGUAACACAAUACAUUGUCUAUUCUCAGUAUAACAACAAGCACAAGCAAUAAUAAAUGGUACCAAGGAUUACAUGGUAUACCAUUGAUUUAUGGCUAGUUCAUGAGAACAACAACUCUAUGGUAUUUUUCACCAUGAUAACAAUAGCUUUCAAAGAGUUUUAAGAUGUAAGAAAACAGAACACACGAUGUUUUCCAAACAGUCUCACUAUAUCCACUCAUAAAGAAAAUCUCCCACCAUCCUGAAGUUGUGAAAACGUUCCACAACCAAACCCCACUUUUGAUAUGACUUGAAUCGGAUUAUCAGCCGCUACGACUGGUAAUACUUCUCACACUCCUCUGCAAUCUAAAAUCUCCUUGAUAUAGUGAAACUGGCUCUCUCUCGCCCCUGGACGUAGCUAACACACAUCGUGUUAGUGAUCCACGUAAAUCGUGUGUCGUGUUUUCGAUUCUCGCUUUCGUAUUCUUACUUUGUCGAUUCCUGUGAUUUCUCGAUCCGUAGCAGCGCGUUUAUAACACCCACAAAAUAGAAACAUGAACAGAGCUAAAGCAAACAUAAGAAUAAGAUGGAAUAAGAUAACUUAGGGUUGUAGAAGAUGGAGAAUUCCUUCUCCUUUUGCAAACGCAAAGUGCAGGAUAAAAAUUCAAUGAGAAUGGUUGAGAAAUUAAUCUCAUUAACCAUCCAAAUUCCCUCUGUCUCAUGCCUUUUACCAUUAUUUGUUCAUUCAUUAUCAUCAAUUAUCACUACAUACCUCACAUGCUAGCAGGCCCAACAAUUCUUCCCGCCCAUCAACAUGGGAAGAAUCUUGAUACACAUAUCUUAUCCAUCUCAUAUAUUUGGACAUUCUCCAAUUGUAGCUUCAUUUGAAGCACAUCCCAUAUCUAAUGAUAUUGAACAUCGACAUGUUUUAAUGACAUGAAAUGAAGUAUAUUAUGCAUUAUGAAUAACACUCUAACUGUUAGAGAAUAGUUGCAGCCAUUCUUGUUGGAACUCAUGUUCUUUCAGAACUUAUUCAUCCAUAACAUCUCCUUACAUGCUUUCAUUGUUGCUUGCACUAAGCUUUUGUAGUGGAAAGAGCUACACACUUUUGUAGCCUUAUUGCUCCCACAAAUAAGGUAAUAAGGUAUCUAAAAGUAUACCUUCUCUUGUGUCUAUCAUAUCUUCUUGGCACCUCAAUCUCAAAGGAUCUUUAUGCCAAGAAUCGACUUGUUGUCCACAUAGAGCAACAAUAUAAUGAAAUCACUAUAGGAGAAUUUCUUCAUGAACGCUAAGUGUUUCGAAGUAUUCUUGUAGCCUUGUUCACAAUAACACACUCAAUCUUACUCUACCACUACCUCGGUGUCUGCUUCAAGCCAUGCAUGUUGUUUAUAAGCUUGUGAACAUAGUCCUCAUUUUUCUCCAUCUUGAAGCCUUAUGGUUGCUUAGAUGUAAAUAUUUUCCUCCCAAUCACUAACAAGAAAGGCAGAUUUCACAUCCAUUUGCUCAGCCUCUAAGUUAAGACUUGUUGCUAGUCCUAACACAUCAUACAAUACAAUCCAAUAAAGCUAAUUGUAUUUCUAUGUCAUUGCAACUUAUUAAUUGUUGAUCGAGUUACUCUCUCUACAAUGAUGAGUUUCAUAAGUAUUUUGUGUGAAUACCAUACGAUUUUCUAUCAUGCUAAUAUACAAUAAGUACACUCUUGUUUACUUCAUUCGUCCACCAUUCAUUUGAUGUGAUACUGAUCCAUAAGAGACUUCAUCGAAAUGGUUGGGACAAAAAGGGAUUAAAUUACCAAAGCUAUAGUUUUCUUCCCUCCCUAUAGGGAAAUGAUUAAUGGAGAAGCUCAUCACUUGUACAUCACAAAACAACACCAAUAUUAACAUCACACUAAUUUAACUUUAGAAAAGUCGCAGGACAAUAGACCACUGAUUCAAACAAUAAUUACACAUCAAAGAUUCAUUGUCUACCAUACUAUCACGAGCUUAGGAUAAAGUCACGCAUAAGACAAAACACUAUCAAAUCAAGUCAAGCAUGGUGGAUCGAAACAUUAAAGUUUGCGAUAAACCCUAACAAAUCGUAACCUAGAAGCCUCAGUCACCACCGCCGAUUGGAACCAAAGAUAUCUAGCAAAUGAAAAUAUAAAAACGAGAGUAAAGAGAGGUUGAAAGAGAAGAGGCUUACUAGUGGCAAUAUCUUGAUAGACCAACAUGAUUGUUGUCACAAAAGUUUUGUUCUAAGUAGUACCGGAAGACGGAUGGAACAGAAGAUGUAGCUGCAAGCCACAAAAACUAAAGAGCUAGACAUGGUUUGUGGCCUGAAGGAUAGAAUGUCACAAAAAAAUAUAUACAAACAUAUCAGAAAGCGAAAAAUUCUUUCAGAGCGUUAAUUGGAAAUAACAACUCAUUCUCCAAUUAUUUUGAAUACAACAUUUACAUAUUAUUUGCUAACAUAUUCCAUCAUUGUGCAGCCAAAUGUUUUAUUUUGACCCAAAAACAAAAUGUUCUUCCAAAAAUAAAAAUAAAAACAAAAGAUCCAAAUAAAAAGCAUAUUCCAUCGUCCAGAAUACCAGACAUAGAUAAUUAGACUUUGUGGUUUCCCCCAAUAUCUCAAACUUUUACUUAUUAAUUUUUGAAAAUCUUAGCAUCCUCAACCUAAAAACAACAAUAUGGUAACAAGGGCAUGACAAAGUGCAAAAGUACGAAAACGUAUGAUUAUUUUUUUGUCAUAAACAGAAGACAAUGAUCAUAAGAACACUUCCUGUCAUGCUUUGUUUUUCUCUCUUUGGAAAAUGGUUCUAUAAUUAUUAUUCAUACAGCAUGCAUAUCGCAUUCUCAUGUAGAAUGAUCAUAAAAAUACACCAUCAAGUUGUCAUUAAAGGUGAAUGCCCUACAUAUAAUUACUAAUCGAUAAAGUUUGCUAACUAUAUUUAAUAAAAGAGUAUCCACCCGUAGCAGAACAGGCCCUUUUAGUGGGUUUUUGCCUUUUUGGACAACCCAAAAUUUAGAGGAAAGAUUAAGGAUCUCUCAUAGUAGUUUGAGCUUAGAAAAAAAAUACACUGUAGCCUCUGUGACUCAAAUUUGGACACUACAAUUAAGAAAUAACAUAUUAGUCAUUACAUUGCAAAUCAUUUGUUAUUAUAUUAAAAUCAUAAAUAUAAUAAUUAUAAGCUAAAAUAAAAUAAAACUCUAAUUAAAUCCCAAAUUCUCUAAUUUUUCAUCAAAAUGCUAAAUUCUCAAUUCUCCGCUAUUAUGACACUAGCAAAGCAAAGUAAAAUACAAGGUUGGUUGUUCUUCACGCCCUCUGCAUCAAUCGUUCCCAUGAACCAAACCCCAGUCCAACGGUUAGCCUUCACCCUCCGGUUGCUGCCUUGCUGGCUUCCACUUUUGUAGACUCCAAUGAUAUUCUGUGUAAUAUUUUUGUAGAUUGUACUCGUAUGAUAUUUUCAUAUUAAAAUUAUUUUAAAUUUAUUUCAUAAUAAAAUUACGCAUUGAUAGUUUAUUAUAAUAUAUGUGUAAUAGUCUGGCUUAUUUAUUUAGUUACUUAGUUAAUUUAUUUCGGACCCCAGUGCUAUCAACAUUUACUUAACCAUAGAAAAAGGAUGAAAUGGAUGCACGAACUCAUUGUCGAAUGCACUACGCCACUACCCCACAUUUUCACCGAGACCAGAUAUGAUGACAACACUCAUUGUAUUAUUAGGGUGACAAUAUUAGUAUCCAACCACCAGGAGAUUAGGAUUGUGGUUACUUUUAUUAGUUAGUGGCUCAAUUUAGAUAGUUUAAAUUCAUAAAAGUGUAUAAUAAUCAUAUAAAAUAUUACAUUUAAACUAAAAAUACACAUAGAAAUUAAUGGUACAAUUUUUUUUUUCAAAAACUACCCAAUUUUGAAUGUCGGAAUCCAGUUGUCGAUCACAUGAAUUGGGUCACCGGAAUUUGAUCACCACAAUUUGGAAUCCGAUCAACGUGGUCAGAAAUGCUCAUCAGUGUCAGAAUUCGCCCAUCGUUAUCGAAAUAUGCUCAAUGUCUCUGGAAUCCAAUCAUCUUAGCAGAAAUAUGCUCACCAUCAUUGGAAUCCAGUCACAGAGGCCGUCGGAGUCCGAACUUCAGUUGCCAGAGGUUGGUCAACAAUCUUCAGAGUCUAGUCAACAAUCAAUAGUCAACCAAAUUUAUGGCAUGCAUUAUGAGAUUUGUGAGGUAAAAUACCUCGUGUACCACUAAAGUAUGAGAAUUGGGGGAGUUAUACCUAGGGGUGUACAAACCCACUCGCAAACCGACCCAGCCGUCCAACCCGGCCCAACCCACCCGUAUUUAUUGCUAAAAUGAAGGUUUUGGGUUGGGUGAGGGUUUUCUUUUGUACAACCCAUCUCUUUUAGGUUGAGUUUGGAUUUUGGAUUACACAACCCGUAGAACCCGACCCAACCCAUGUUCCAACUAUAGGUAUGAGUUCGUAUCAAAAAAAUAUUUAUGUCGUAUAUAGCCAUACUUAUGAGAAAAUUAAGAUAUUUCGCCAUGUUUUUCUCUCAUGGUCUCACUAAUCUAAUGCAUUCUUCGGCUUAAAGUUUAGACAUAAUUUAAUAUAGCAAUGAUUCACGUAAGCCUUUUUCUAGUUUACAAUUUUAAUAAAAUAACAUAUUAUAGAUGCGUUCAUUUAUAACCUUUUUAGCCUAUUUCAACAAAUGUCGUGAAAAAAACUAGACAUAAGUUGAAGUAAAUCAAAUUUUAUUAAAAUUCAAACAACAUUUGUGAAUUUUGAUACCUUUCACCUUGAUUUAUUCAUUUGAAUUUUUAAUUGGUUAUAAAAUAUUUUUAUGGUGUAGAAUAAUUACAUAUUUUGUGUUGAGUUGGGUUUUUACUUAAAAAUAUCGUCAACCCGACCCAACCCAAUUAGAAAUAAACCGUAGGGUUUAACUUUUUUGGGUGGGUUUGGGUUUAAUAUUUCUCAAACCGUAGUGCAUGGGUCGGGUGAUUAAAAUGUCUAAACCCGGACGACCCAACCCACGUACACCCCUACUUAUACCACUUAAGUAUGAAUAGUACGUCGGGUACCACUAACGUUAUUGAAUUGUGCAUCCGUUUAAAUUUCCGUCCGUCUACCGUUAAUAACGAAUAACAUAUUAUUUUUUGUAAAAAUUUAUAUAAUUUGAAAAAUUAAAAAUUAAAAAAAAUCUCAUCCGUCUCCACCACGGCCCGGCGGGCGCUAGCCCCGUCCAUCUUCUGUUAAACUCGGCGGCGAAACCCUCACCAUCGCUCAGGUCGUCGUUAUUGUCAGCGCCGCGAUGUGACGAGUCGGGCUCGCUGAAUCCGCCAGAGCCGUCGUCAAGGCUAGCAGCGACUGGGUUAUGUGAGUGAAUAGCAAAAUCAAUAAAACCUUUUGAUCUUUUUUUUACAAUAAAGCUUUUGAUUCUUGCUGUCAAGUGUAAAGGUAUGAAUUGGAGUCCAGCGGCGGUGAGGGUUAUUUUUAAAGGGCAAAAUUUGGCUGCUGGCUGUGUUGCAGCCCUCCGCUGCUACCAGCCAUGUGGCACUAUGUGAUUGGUUUCAUUUGGUUAAUUAAUUAUUACUUUGAUGCUGGUUAAAAAAGGACGGAACAGAAAUUGAAAAUUGGAUGCUCUUUUUUUUACGGGACGCGGACGUAAGAGCUGGCCGACGUCAAAUGAUUUAUUUUGCUUUAUAUUUUGUUUUAUAUAUAUUUUUUGUUAUCAUGCUUCAUAUAUAUUGUUGUGGUGAUUUCGCUGUACAAUAAUAACAAAAUCAUCUCAUAUCAAAGGAAAGCCAUCAUGUUUGGGUCAUAUUAGUUUUAAAUUCUAAUUUCUAUCUAUCUAAACUUUUCUGUAGAUAGAUAUUAUAGUUGUGUUACUCUAUAUAAUAUUAUAGUAUUUCUCUUUUUUCAAAGAUAGUGUAAUAAUAACAACAUAAGAUAGCAUAAAUCAAACUACGAAACCAAAUACGAUAGUCGACAAAUAAAAAUUAAAUCUAUGUUUAAAAGCGAAAUCUAAAAAAGAUAAAAGAAACGUAACGUAAUCUUAAAGAGGUAUGAUGAAACUAUUAUAAAAAAGAGGCAUGAUGAAACUUUACAAUUAAAAUUGAGGACGUAGGCAAAAAACCUAUAGGAAAAAUACCUUUUUAAUGGUGGCUUAUACGGUAUUCCAGGUGAAAUUCAAGGUACUGCAUACCUUGAGUAUGAAAACACUAUCUAGACCUCGAAUUAGCAGAAUUUUUGGGAUUGAUACUAUGCCCUAAGUCCUAACCCUUAAUGUGUGAACCCUAGGUCCUAAUUAUCUAAAUCAUAAACUAUAAACCCUAAGAUCGAGCAUUCAUUUUUUUGCCUAUAUUUGGAUGAAUCAUAGCCGUCGAUUAUUGUUUCUAAUAAAAUUAAUUUUGUGGUAUAAGAUUUAAGGAACUAAGACCUAGAUUUUGAUCUUUACGUAUUAGAGUAUAGUAUCAUCUUCAAAAGAUUAAUCAAUUCAAAGUCUGGAUAGCAUUUUCAUACUCAAAGUAUGCGGUACCUCAGAUUUCUCCCUAGAUAGUGUAGAACUCAACCCUUUUUUAAUAAUUUUUACACUUUAAUUGAUAAAAAUUGAUAACACAAAUAUAAAUAAAACAAAACAUAAAGCAAAGUAACUAAUUUGGCGACGGCCAGCUCCUCCGUCCGCGUCCCGUUAAAAAAAAAACUCAUCCAAUCCCACUUUCGUUCCGUCCAAAUCCAGCAUUCAAGUAAUAAAUGAUUAAUCAAUUUGAACCAAUCAGACACGGCCACAUGGCUGGGUAGCAGCGGAGGGCUGCAACCCAGCCAGCAGCCAAAUUUUGCCCAUUUUUAAAUUUGACCAAAAGUUAUAUCUUUAUUCAUUGUUAACGGUUGAUUGACGGAAUUUUAAACGGAUACUCAAUUCAAUGACGUUAAUGGUACCCGACACCCUAUUUGUAUUCAAGUGGUAUAGCUUCCCCAAUUCUCAUAUUUUAGUAGUACCCGAUGCAUUUUAUGUCGAGAUUUGUUGUUUUCUUUCUCAUGUUUCUGGUCUGCCUCUUUUGAUUUGCUUUAUUGUGUUGCUAGUCUGCAUUAAGAAGUUUCUGGCGUGCUUUCAAAAUAUGUGAGGUUUGUUGUGUGAUGUGUAUGAGAAGUUUCAGGAGAUUUGUGGUAUGCAUUAGGAGAUUUGUAGUGUGCUUUAGAAAUAUUUGCAAUUCGUUUUGUACUGUUUCUUGUCUGUUUCAUGAAAUUUGUAGUAUGCAUUAGGAAGUUUCUGGUGUGCUUUAGAAUUAUCUGGGGUGUUUUUUGUCUCCAUCAUGACAUUUGUGGUCUGCAUUAUGAGGUUUUUGGUGUGCUUUAGAAAUAUUUGAGGUAUGCUUUGUGGUGUUUGUGGUAUGUUUUGAAGUAUUUAUGGUUUGCUUUCUUGUAUUUCUGGUAUAUAUGCUUUUAUAAGAUUGUGGUAUAGUUUAUGAGAUCUCUUGUAUGCUUUCGAAAUUUGUGAUAUGCUUAUGAGACACAAAAAUACAUAACAAAAAUUUCUAAAUACAUAUUAGAAACACAACAAUGCAUACAAAAACCCUUCUAAAGCAUACCAGAAAAUCUAUAUUCACUAAAAUAAAUAUAAUCACAUUACCUAACAAAACUCAACAACACAUUCCAAAAAUAAUGGUACUCACAAAUAUCACCUUCAAAUAGAACAUUUUGCCACUAAAAAUCCAAUAUAUGCAGUUAUGAUUUAUGAAUCAAUCGGUUAGGUUUUGUAAUAUAACUUGUCAAAGCAUAAGGUGAUAUGGCCAUUUUUUUGUGUCUUCGGAGGCCACUUAUCCCUCCAAUGGAAGGGCACCAAGAACACUAAACAAAUGCGCUCUUACUGAUUUGUCUAGUCUCCAAACGUUAUAAGCAUCUCUGCCCAUCCCAAAUAUUAUGCGUAUCUUUUUUGUUUCCAGGUACAACAUAAGGCACAAUAUUUAUCUCCAUGGGCUCGAUUAUCUUGGAGGGGAGAAGAACAGCGGAGUUGCAGGACAAGGAGAACCAGAGUUGCUGAUUCGGGCAUAAUUAUACAUAUUUACCCUUCAUUUUUUGAUCAUUUGACUUCGUAAUCAUCGUCACUCGACCUAUUUUAUGUUAGAUUGUGCUUCUUUUAUUAUAUUUCAAAGUCCUUCUACGUGUGGCAAGUCGAGGACGAGUUUCGAGACGAUUGGAGUUUGAAAAAAUGUCAAAAAGUGAAGAAAAUGCCAAAGUGACG